UGGCAGAUCGGCGACACGCAGGUGAGAAGUGACGACGAUCAAGAGCUCAUCAAAGUCCUGCGGCGAGCAAGUACCCUAACAACAAGCAGGGGAUCAUCAAUACCGUCGAAAACGGUGAUCCUGACGACGUUAAACUCAGCAUGGGCCGGGCCAGGGUCGAUCUUGGACCUGUUUCUGGAGAGCUUUAGGGCCGGGAAUGGAACACAACAACUGAUGGACAAUUUGGUGAUCGUCUCAUUGGAUCACAAGGCCCAUCAGCGUUGCCGGGAGAUACACCGACACUGUUAUGCAAUGGCGACUCCGGGCGUCAACUUCACCGGAGAUGCCUUCUUCAUGACGGAGGAGUACUUGCUCAUGAUGUGGCGUCGCAUCGACUUCCUGGCCUCUGUUUUGCGUCACGGGUUCGACUUCGUUUUCACGGACGCAGACAUACUGUGGUUUCGGAACCCAUUCCCUCACUUCCACGACGACGCCGACUUCCAAAUCGCCUGCGACACCUACCUCGGCAGCGCCUCCGACCGCCACAACAUCCCCAACGGCGGCUUCGUCUACGCCAGAUCCAACCACCGGACACUCCACUUCUACAAGUACUGGUACAAUUCCAAGGACAGGUUCCCUGGAAAGCACGACCAGGACGUGUUCAACGAGAUCAAGUUCGACCCCUUUCUUGACGGACUGCGGAUGAGGUUCCUCGACACGGCCUACUUCGGCGGCUUCUGCCAGCCGGUUAAAGACCUCAACGUCGCAAUCACCAUGCACGCCAACUGCUGCGUCGGGUUGCAGACGAAAGUGCACGACCUGAGGAACGUGCUUGACGACUGGAAGCGGUUUGCUAAGUUUCCGAUGGAGGAGAGGAGUGGGGUUUCUUUUGACUGGAGGUCUCCGCGCGUCAGGUGCAGGUAA